UUUGACAAGAGUAUAAUAGCCGUUGAACUACACUGAAGUUUGUCCGUUACACCUUAAACUGUGUUCAAAAAACACACAGUAGCACUAAAACCGACUUUGAGGAACCCAAGCUGUCACUUUCAGGCAAUCAUGGAGCGCUCCAAACAGAAACAAAUGAAUCAAAAUGAAAAUGAAGCAGACUCCGCGAUUAAUGGAAAGUUUGACGGACGGGUGAAGAUUCCCGGAUGGAGCGCCGGUGGUGCCGCCGGGACCCCGAGCACCGCGCCGUCCUCCAGCGUGAUGGAGAGCUGGCGGGAAGAACGCACUCGCAGUCUGGAAGACAAUGAAAUGAGCCUGCCGAGCAUCGCCGCGGCUUACACCACUAUUCUCCGGGGGCUCGGGGAAGAUCCGCAGCGGCAGGGGCUCCUCAAAACUCCGUGGAGAGCCGCCACCGCCAUGCAGUUCUUCACCAAGGGUUAUCAGGAAAAAAUCAUCGGUGAGUUCGUUGCAUAAAUGUAUGACAGCUGA